UUGAGCGAAGCUGUAGAGCCAGGAAAAGUUUCGGGACAUCACGCUUCUGCGCUUCUUAGGAGAGCCGCAGGGCUCAGACUUUCUAUCGCACAUCCCAGGUCGCUGCCUGCGAGCAGUUCUCGAACUUCUUGCAGGAUGACUGCGUGGGACGGGGUGCUACCCUUUUACCCUCAACCCAGGCAUGCCGCCGGCUUCAGCGUACCGCUGCUCAUCGUUAUUCUGGUAUUCUUGUCCUUGGCCGCUAGCUUCCUGUUCAUCUUGCCUGGAAUCCGUGGGCACUCGCGCUGGUUCUGGUUGGUGAGAGUUCUUCUUAGCCUGUUCAUAGGUGCAGAAAUUGUGGCCGUGCACUUCAGUGGAGACUGGUUCGUGGGGAGAGUAUGGACCAAUACGUCCUACAAAGCCUUCAGUACAUCCCGUGUUCAAGUCCAUGUCGGUCUGCACGUGGGGCUGGUGGGCAUUAAUAUUACACUCAGAGGAACACCGAUGCAGCAGCUGAACGAGACCAUUGAUUACAAUGAGCGUUUCACUUGGCGUCUGGACGAAGACUACACCAAGGAGUAUGUUCAUGCCCUGGAGAAGGGACUACCGGACCCAGUCCUAUACCUGGCAGAGAAGUUCACACCGAGCAGUCCUUGCGGGCUGUACCACCAAUAUCACCUGGCCGGUCACUACGCUGCGGCCACACUGUGGGUGGCGUUCUGCUUCUGGAUUAUCGCCAACGCGCUGCUCUCCAUGCCCGCCCCGCUCUACGGAGGCCUGGCUCUGCUCACCACCAGUGCCUUCACGCUCUUCUCAGUCUUCGCCUUCGCCUCCAUCUCCAGCGUGCCUCUCUGCCACUUCCGCCUGGGCUCCGCCGUCCUCACGCCUUACUACGGCGCCUCCUUUUGGGUCACGCUGGCUACCGGCAUCCUGAGUCUCCUCCUUGGAGGGGCGGUGGUGAUUCUCCACUACACUCGGCCCAGCGCCCUACGCUCCUUUCUGGAUCAAAGUGUCAAAGACUGUAGCAAUCAGCCUAAAGGAAACUCACCUCUCAUCCUCAACAACCCGCAACACGAACAGUUUAAGACUUCAGACUUAAAUAUUACCACUCUCCUGUGAAAAAGACCUAACUCCGGAUUUCUUAUCCCUCUUUGGGAUCCACAGACCUGAAAACUGUGUUAAAAGCGCGUGCCAGGAGCAUCGCUGAGUUUGGAGGACUGCCUGCCCAUGCGGGAGGACAAGGGGACACCCCGAAGUACCUUUGCUCUAGAGAAUGGAUUUCUCGGGAGAACUGUAAAUAAACUUUUUUGCUUAGUUUUUUUUU